UAGAAUUUGGUAUUCAAUUCAGUGUACCAUUUUUCAGGAAAAAAGAAAAAAAGUCUCCUCUGUUUGGCCAAAAGUGAAAGAAGGUUCUUAUUAUUGAUGAUUACCAAGAAAACCCAACUAGGCCUAUAAAUAUUUGGGAAAAUUUGCUAGUUGGUUCUUUGUACUCAAAGAGUGAUUGAAGUUAUAUACAUUGUCUGUGAAAAUAAUUUUUAUAUUAUCAGGGCAAUAGAAAAAACCAGAGGAAAAAACAUGGAAUUUAAUGGAGAUUUUCAAGAAGAAGACAUAUGGAGUCAUCAUGUUGUGAAGAAGAAAUUAGCAAGUGCUCCAAAGAUGAUCCCAACAGCUAAAAGUACUACAAUAAGCAACAAUGAGUCCGAAGUGCCAAAACAAUCAUCAGCUCCUAUUAACAUUCCUGAUUUGUCCAAAAUUUAUAACAAGAAAUCAUCAAGUAGAUUCUUGAAAAAUGGUUAUGGAAGUGUUGAUGAUAAUGUUGUUGAAGAAGAUGAAGAUUGUGAUGAUGGAAUGUUACCACCACAUGAAUAUAUAGCUAAAAGUGUUGCUAGGAGACAAAUUGCUCCUUCUUCUAUGUGUGAAGGUGUUGGGAGGACACUUAAGGGAAGAGAUCUUAGUAAAGUGAGGAAUGCUAUUUUGACCAAGACUGGUUUUUUGGAAUAACAUCACUAUCAGUGUGAUAUAUAGUUUACAGGUUUGAGUCGUUGAAUCAACUGUUGAGCCUUGCAUUAAGGUAGAAUGCCUAUAUCAUACCUCCUUGAGUUGCAUCUCUUCACCGAACCCUACAUGAAAGAGAUGUAUUGUGCACCACUUUGUCCUUUUUAUAGUUUUUCUUAUUAGUAGAGCAAUAGGUUACCCCUAGUCGAGCUAGUAAAUUUCGAAUACUGAAUAGUUAAAUAUCUAAUGGUUCCAGUUUUAGUUUGUAUAUGCCAUAGUAGGCACAAAGAUUGAUGAAGACUGAUUAUUAUGAAAAUGUUGAUAAUAGUGUAGAAGAAGAUGAAGAUUGUGAUGAUUAUGGUGAUGGAAUUGUACCACCACAUGAAUGUAUAUAGCUAGAGGGUUGCAAGGAGUCAAAUUGUUCCUUUUUCUAUGUGUGAAGG